ACAGUCACAGAAAGCCACACGACAAUGCGGUCUUCAUUAUUUCGGAACAACCAUAAACACGGCGGUUCUUGCAGAGUCUCCGACGACGAAGACGAAGGGCUGAGAUUAAUCCUCAAAAAUCAUGGCAGUUCCAAAGUUGUCAUCAAAUCCAUGACUCCGACAACCCAAUAUUCCGACGAUCAUCACUUCGGCUGCUACCUCAAAUCGUGUCAUCUUUGCCGGAAGCCUCUGAGGCUCGACAGAGAAAUCUACAUGUACAGGGGUAAUUUGGGGUUUUGUAGCGUGGAGUGUAGAGACUCGCAAAUUUACAUGGACGAGAUGAAGGAGAUCGAAACCUCUGCUCAGAAAAUGUUCGCCGCUCCAUGUCGGCUGCAGCGCUGUCGCGGCGGCGGCGGAGGUGACGUCGGCGGAGAAUUUGGGGAGUUUCCCCACCGCCGGUUCCCGGAGCAGAAAAAUCGAGUUAUUUUCUCGUAGUUGGGGCGGUUCAUUUGAAAUGAAGGCUUCCCUUUUUCGUUAUCAUUUUUUUUUUAAAAAAAAAUUUUUGGAUUUGUAAUAUUGCGCAAUGGAAAUUUAAUAUAAUAUAAAUUUAGUGUAUAAACUUAUAGUGUAUGCUAAUAUAAUAGUUUAUAUUAUAUAAGUAUAUUACUAUAUAUAUUAUGAUUAAUAACAUAAAAUAUAUUUGAUGUAAAUUAAAAGUAUAUUUUAGCUAUUCUUAUAAUAUUUGUAGAUUUAAUUUAAACAAUGAAAAAUAUUUUAGCUAUUCUUGUAAUAUAGUAUUCUCUCAGUUCCGGAACUAAACAUCCAUUAGCUUUUUGCACGUAGUUUUAGAAAUAUUAGUAUUAUAUUGGGAUACAGUAAGAAUAAAGUAGAAAUGACUAAAAUAACCUUAUUAGUACGUGUGAUAUAAAAGUAAUGACAUUUGUGUAAUAUAUUGUAAGUUGUAAGGGUAUUUAUCUACCGUUAAGAAAAUAGAUACUUUGUUAUGGAACAACAGAUAAUUAUGAAGUCAUAAAUUUUUAUUAAUUAAAAUUUAAUAGAAUAUUAUUUAAUGUCUUUUAAGUUGCUAAUUAAGGAAUUAUAUAACAUAUUAUUUUUAAAUAUUCUUAUUAGCUGGUUAACUUAUCACUGUCAUUUUUUAAACUUCAAAACCGACCCUUUAGUAUAAAGUUAAGGUGAAGUUUGUGAAAUUUUGAAAAUAAUAAAAUAUUUCAUAUUUAAUAUGAUAUAUAAAUUAAAAUAAAAAUAAGAAAUAUUUAAUACAUUCUUUCAUAAAAAAUUUGUAUAUAACGUUCCUUGUGCAUCCAACCCAUUCUAUUUGGACACAAUAAUUUAUUUUCCAAAGUUUGGGCCAUGUGUCUUGGCACUCUAUCUGGGCCGUUGGAUUUUUUAGAUUACUUUGGGGUCAGCCGUAGGAUCUGUUGGUAUUUUUCAGAUUCUCUUUGACUACUUUGACUUUCAAGUCUAGAAUUUUCUUUAAUUUAUUACGCAGAUUUCAUUUAUAUAUCAAAAUGAGGGGCACUUUUGUCAAUUAAUACGCGUCUAGCUACGCUGUAUCUAUAUUUUAG